GCCCUCUGACGUCAGUUUUGCGUCCAGCCCCUGUUAAACUCAAUUCAAACUUCUACUCAGAUUUUAUUUCCAUGAUGAACACGAGCAGCCUCGCCGGUAUAGAGGGUCUGUGAACAGCUUCAGCAGACGUUGAAUUUCUCAUGCCGCUGUCGGUUGGCCUCAGCUAAGGUGCCAUAUUCCCUCAGGGACUGUUUUACCGACUGUCUGGCCGAAGGAGACCGUUGGGAGUCGGAGCGGACGUUGACGUGGUGUGAAUGUCCACCGCGGACCACUGACAGCCACCAUGUCAGGUUUAACACUACAGAACGGUAACCUGCAGGGUCUUGAUGAGGGGGAUAUUCUGGACCCAGAGUUUCAGCAGCGUUUGGAGGAUGCUCGCACUCUGCUCAGGCAGGAGAUCCAGCGGGAGCUGAAGAUCAAGGAGGCGGCAGAGAGAAUGCGACGAGCUGUAACCAAUCGCAAGAGCGCAGCCGAUGUGGAGGGCCAGCUCAAGGCCUCGAGCCGCAAGCUGGACAAGUUGCACUGGCAACUACAGGAGCUCAAUGCCAGGUCCAUGGCCACAGAGAAGGACAGCACCACAGGUUGUUCGGAGGAAGAAGACAACCAGUCAGCAGAGUCAUGUCAGUGGGAAGAGGUCACAUCACCACUGGCAAGUCGACUCAGAACACUGAAAAAACAGCUUACCAUGGAGACCAAAGUCAAACAGGGCGCCGAUAACAUGAUCCAGACUUACACCAACAGCUCAGUCAAGGACAGGAAAAUGCUGUCUACAGCCCAGCAGAUGGUCCAGGACAGCCGAACAAAGAUUGAGCUGCUGCGCAUGCAGAUUGUGAAAGUCAGUCAAGCCAGAGACGGCGAGCAGUCUGGCUCACAUGGUCACCCUGUGGAGACGAUCAGUCCUCUGGAGCUGCGGGUGGCUGAACUUAUGCACCACAUGAAGAUCGAAUCAGCCGUAGCAGACGGUGCCAAAAAUGUGGUUAAGCAGCUCAGUGGACGUAAAGUCCAGGACCGCCGUAUACUUGCUGAGGCUCAGGCACGAAUGCAGGAGUCAUCUCAGAAAGUGAAUCUGCUACGCUUGGCCCUGGAGAAACGUUUAAGUGAGCUUCCUCAGGACCAUCCCCAACGUGCUGCCAUCAAGGAGGAACUGGCAUUGGGAACCUCACCUUCUUAUGGGACGCCGAAGAAGCAAUCUAACACCUCAUCCCGUUCUUCUUCCUCCUCUUUCUUCAGACCAGCCAGUCUAACAGGCCGAUUGGAGGUAUGUUUGAAGGGCUGCCAAGACCUGUUGGAGUCUGUUCCGGACCGUGGUCUUGUGGCCAGUGUCUUGGCCUCCUCUGGAAGCCUCUCAGAUGGGAAGUCUCUCAAGGUCAGAAGCGGCCUCUCAGGACGCAGUGCUAAUGGCAAGACAACCAAGGUGGAUGAUCUGUCCUCGGAGGUAAGCGUUGUGCUGAAGGUGGACAACAGGAUAGUGGGGCGCACGCACUGGAGACAGCUGGGCACUGAGGCCUGGGGCCAGAGCUUCUCCAUCGCACUGGAGCGGUCCAGGGAGCUGGAAAUCAAUGUGUUCUGGAGAGACUGGCGAGCGUUAAGUGGGGUGAAGUUCCUUCGGCUGGAGGACUUCUUGGAUAACCGCCGGCAUGGCAUGUGUCUUCAGCUGGAGCCUCAGGGCAUCCUCUUCAUGGAGGUUACAUUCAUCAAUCCUGUCAUUGAGCGGCGCUCCAAACUCCAGAGGCAGAGAAGAAUUUUCCCCAAAGAAAAAGGGAAGGACUUCCUGCGUGCUGCCCAGAUGAACAUGAACUUUGCCACUUGGGGCCGUUUGAUGAUGACCAUCCUUCCUCCCUGCAGCUCUCUGGAGCCCAUGAGCCCUCCAUUAGCAGAUCCUAACACUGGCUCCACAUCAUCGCCCACUUGUCCAACAGGAGAACCUGCUGUUGUGGGUCUGAAUUUUCCUGAAGAAUGUCCAGGCAGAUCUCCUCAUCGCACAAGAAAGAACACUAAAGACUCUCUGCUGUCUCCUAGGGAGAGCAAGAGCCCGAAGCCCAGACGUCAGCCCUCAAUUCAUCCACCUCUACACGUGGACGAAGGACUUCAGAUGGACGACUUCAACUGCAUAUCAGUUCUGGGUAGAGGUCACUUUGGAAAGGUUUUGCUAGCGGAGUACAAGAAGUCAGGCAAACUGUACGCCAUCAAAGCACUGAAGAAAGGAGACAUCGUGACACGGGAUGAAGUCGACAGCCUCGUCUGUGAAAGGAGAAUCUUUGAGGUGAUCAAUGCCUCACAACAUCCUUUCCUGGUGAACCUGCACGGCUGCUUCCAGACUGCAGACCACGUGUGCUUUGUCAUGGCCUACUCCCCCGGAGGAGACCUCAUGACACACAUUCACACCAACAUCUUCAACGAGAAACAGGCCCGGUUUUAUUCGUCCUGUGUGCUGCUCGGCCUGGAGUUUCUCCACCAAAACAAAAUAGUUUACCGGGACCUGAAGCUGGAUAAUCUGCUAAUGGAUGCAGAUGGUUUUGUCAGGAUAGCAGACUUUGGCUUGUGCAAAGAAGGUAUGGGCCACGGGGAUCGCACCUCAACAUUCUGUGGCACACCAGAGUUUCUGGCCCCAGAGGUGCUGACAGACAACAACUACACCCGCAGUGUUGACUGGUGGGGGCUGGGUGUCCUCAUCUAUGAGAUGCUGGUGGGGGAGUCUCCUUUCCCGGGUGAUGAUGAGGAAGAGGUGUUCGACAGCAUUGUCAAUGAUGACGUGCGUUACCCUCGCUUCCUUUCUCCAGAGUCUGUGUCCCUCAUGCAAAAGCUGCUGCAGAAGAAUCCUGAGAUGAGGCUUGGAGCAGGAGAGGAAGAUGCCUCGGCGAUCAAGAGACAGAAAUUCUUUCAGGCAAUGGACUGGGAUGCUCUCCUGGCCAAAAAGAUGAAACCUCCCUUCCUGCCGGUCAUCAAAGCACCGAAGGACGUCAGUAACUUUGACGAGGAGUUCACGCGCCUCAAGCCAGUCCUCACCCUCCCACAAACACCCUGCGUCCUCACCGCCGAGCAGCAGGAAAUCUUUGCUGACUUUGACCUCUCCUUCAUGAGUUGACCAAUGGGAUUUUUUGUGACAGGAAGCUGCAGUUCAAACCUACUUUUAUUUGCCACAAAACCUUCGAUUCAACAAAAGCAGAGAAACUUCUGUCCUGCCUUUUUCACACAGUUCCACAUUUCCAGCUGCACAUCAUCUCUGUGGACUUGAAACACAUGACAGUGUCCUGCAUCAUCAGCCUCGCUUCAGCCGUCACACUUCACUGACACUGAAGUCUUGCUGGGUCUGAUUUCAUGUUAUAUUUUCACGUGUCUUGUCCUGCCAAAUUUAUUUUGAACUACCCGCACUGCCAGCACAGUAAUGAGUUUUUGAUAGUACAUUUAUAUUUUUACAAAUGGCCAUUGUGCUUGCACUGCCUCUCAACCCAAAGUCUAUUGUAAAUAUUUGUAAUCUUAAUGAAAAGACUCUCUGCCAGUUACUAUAACCAUUCUACUUCCAUUUGUUGGGAUGUAAUAUACUGAAAAUAUUGAAAUUGUUUAUUUAACUUGCUUCAUUUCUCAGUCAGUACAACUAAAUCUGGAUUUAUUUCGUGAAGAUUAUGCUGAAUUAUACUGAACAAACCAGCCUGUAUGUAAAGCGAAGAAACAUAUGAAUGAAUAAAUGUAUAUCUGCUGGACUCUGAAAGUCCAGGAACUCUU